GCGGCGGUGGAGAUGGCAACCUCGCUGGAAACGCGCGGGGGAGCCUGAGCCGGCAGCCGGAGACGCACUGCUCCGUGUGCUCCAUCGCCAGCUACGCCGCCGCGCAGACCCUCCAUCUUCCUGUUCAGCUCCGGGCCAGGCUCGACCCUGCCCUGGGGUGGGAUAGGGGGCCGGCUCCAGCUUCUCCAGGGGCUCCAGAUCGUUCUCCACCCCCGGGCCCUCUGCGACUCAAUUGCCUGGGUUCCCCCUCCCCCGCCACACACACUCACACGCGCCCGCGAGCACACACGCACGCACACAACACACUCACACGCCGGCAGGCUGCUGGCCGCUCAAUGGACCGAUUUCCCCGGUUUCCCUGAGCCCAGCCUAGCCCGGGAUGAGAAAUUGCAAAAUGGCCCGAGUCGCCAGUGUGCUAGGGCUGGUCAUGCUCAGCGUGGCCCUGCUGAUUUUAUCGCUUAUCAGCUACGUGUCUCUGAAAAAGGAGAACAUCUUCACCACUCCCAAGUACGCCAGCCCGGGGGCGCCCCGAAUGUACAUGUUCCACGCGGGAUUCCGGUCACAGUUUGCGCUGAAGUUUCUAGACCCGUCAUUUGUGCCCAUUACGAAUUCUCUCACCCAUGAACUCCAAGAGAAACCUUCUAAAUGGACAUUUAAUCGGACAGCGUUUUUACAUCAAAGGCAAGAAAUUCUUCAGCAUGUCGAUGUAAUAAAAAAUUUUUCUUUGACCAAGAGUAGUGUUCGGAUUGGACAACUGAUGCAUUACGAUUACUCCAGCCAUAAAUAUGUUUUCUCUAUUAGCAAUAACUUCCGGUCCCUGCUCCCAGAUGUGUCACCCAUUAUGAAUAAGCGUCAUAAUAUUUGUGCUGUGGUUGGAAACAGUGGAAUCUUGACAGGGAGUCAGUGUGGACAAGAAAUAGAUAAAUCAGAUUUUGUUUUUCGAUGCAAUUUUGCCCCGACAGAGGCUUUCCACAAAGAUGUUGGAAGGAAAACCAACCUCACAACCUUCAAUCCAAGCAUCUUGGAAAAAUAUUACAACAAUCUUUUAACCAUUCAGGACCGUAACAACUUCUUCCUCAGUUUAAAAAAGCUUGAUGGGGCCAUUCUUUGGAUCCCUGCGUUUUUCUUCCAUACUUCUGCAACCGUAACGAGAACGUUAGUGGAUUUUUUUGUUGAGCACAGAGGUCAGCUAAAGGUCCAGUUGGCUUGGCCUGGAAAUAUCAUGCAACAUGUCAACAGGUACUGGAAAAACAAACACUUGUCACCCAAACGACUGAGCACAGGUAUCCUUAUGUACACCCUUGCAUCUGCAAUAUGCGAAGAGAUCCACUUGUACGGUUUCUGGCCUUUUGGAUUUGACCCCAACACCAGGGAGGAUCUGCCUUACCACUACUAUGACAAAAAAGGAACCAAAUUUACCACCAAGUGGCAGGAGUCUCACCAGCUGCCUGCUGAGUUUCAGCUGCUCUAUCGAAUGCAUGGGGAAGGGCUCACGAAGCUCACUCUGUCACACUGUGCCUAAGAACUCCAAAUGGAAAGUGCCAAACGGCUGUUUAAUAAGUGCCCCCAAACCAAAUUGAAUAGUCUCCCAGAACAAAACCCAUAGACAAUCUGGCAAAGCCUGUCUGCCACUUACAAGGAAAGACGUCUUCUCUUCCUCUUUUGCACUGCUCUUUGAAUGAUCUUAACAGACAUAGGACAAGUGCAUUGAAGCUGUGUGAUUUAGACUUGAUCGGGGAAGGUUUUACUGCAUUUGGAAGUAUGCUGCACAGAGAAUAGCUUGAUCUAGUUCUAAGUUUGUAUUUUAAUAAUAAAACGACUCCCAUGUGAAUGAGGAAUGUGACUGUCACCUCCUCAGCCCUACUUUGAUAUAGUCCCCAUAACCAGAGAGCUCUGGCCGGCUUCAGCAGGGUCUCUUUUACCAGGGGGAUCAGAAUCUUCAAAAACUAAAAACUGGUUUGCUGGUUUCUCUCUCUCUCUCUCCCUCUCUCUCUCUCUCCUUCUCUCUCUCUCUCUCUCUCUCUCUCUCUCUCUCUCUCUCUCUCUCUCUCUCUCUCUCAACACACACACUUCCUGUUGCUCUACUACCAAAAGAAUUUAAUGAUUUGUUAGGAAUACUUCUGGAUUAGCUUCACUUGUAUGUGUUUGCAUCUGUACCUGAUGUGUUCAAGGUUCUGGAUAACUUGGAUGUUUCAUAACAAACUGAGCAGAUCUUAAUAACUUCCCCCAUGAAGAAUUCUAUAGGAAAUGCAUCUUAUCAAGUCCUUACUUGUCCAUACUUGUUAUUUGACAGCAUGGUGGUCUAUUUGAGUAGAGUGGCAUGUGCUACAGUGUCUCUUUUUCUGUCACAAAGAAAGCUCAUAGUGUGGGUGGCAUUGCGUCUGUUGGCAUGUGUGCAGUUGUGGCAGAUCCUACAAGGGCUUUCUAGUUUAUGUCUUCAACAUUUCCAGUUCAAGCACUAGGCUGGGCACUCUCUCAGAACAAAGAGGCAUUGAGUUAAUUUAAAAACCUGGAGAAAAAUAAAGAAAGGGGAAGAAGAAUGUUUGCAAGUCAUAUACUCUGUAAAGCGUUGUGACCAACGGAGAAGCACAAGAGUUGGUGUGGAAGACAAACUAAAGCUUUGGCCAGACUGGCCCCUGUGUGACGCAUGUUAGCAUUAGUCAUGUCAGAUCCUUUCUGUGACAUCCCCACCAACAAGCAUCUAGACAUGCUUGCUUUCUUUGAGACAGUUGAAGAAACUAUUCUCUGUUUCCAAGUCUGUGCAUCUAUACAUUGAGCAUUUCAAAAAGAAAAGCCAUUAUGCAGUGGCAAGACUUGGUCCUUAAUAACCUUUGGAAUUUGAGAUCAGCUGGCCAUUGUCCUCAUUGUUUCAGCUGUAUCAGUAAAAAUCGCAUCACUCCCUUCCCAGGCGCUCACGCUGAACAGCACUUUGUUCUUCCAAUCCAACCCAAAUGCUGGCCAAGUUGGUGUUAAAUUUUAAUAAGACUUUCUUUCCUCUUUACGAGUGCCCGUGGAGCACAUUUGUUAUACAUUCCAGUGGGGUAGCUUGUUCUUUUCCAGAAAUCUCAUCUAGACUGCUUACAGUGUUGUAAAUAUUUUUAAAAACCCUUGCUAUAUAGUUCAGUCAUCAGUGUGCUGCCCCUCUUGGGGGGAAAAAUCGUUCCUAAAAAGAAGUGGAGUAAGGAGACACACCGUUCUUGUAUACCACUUGGUCCUGGAGCAGCACUGUUCUUUUUGAGGAACUAAAUCAGCCCCUUAUACAAUCUAGUGAAAGAAAACCAUUCAUAUCCAAACACAAUACCAACUGUGGGACAUCUUACCCACUUGUGAAUGCCAGUCAUUCAGAUAGAGUAGAGGAAAUAGGGAUAUAUAUUUCAAAAUAAGAAGCAUUAACUAUGCACAGAGUAGUAAGAAAAUUAAAAUUAUAAGGUAAUUUUAAAACGCUUUAGAAUUCAAAGACAACUCCAUGGGCAUUAAAAAGAUACCUUGGCUGUACCCUGUCAUGUUGAACUAUACCAUGGCUGUGCCCUGUCACUUUAAACCACACCUUGACUGUGCCCCAUCACGUCACGUUAAAGAGCACAGGACACCAUGCUGUUACUCUCUGUAUGGGUGUGGGUCAUGGAGACUGACAGAAUUGCAGCAGUUAUUAUCAGGAUUGAAAGGCCUGGCUAUUUCUAAGCCCUUAAUUCAUUUGGUUGCAGCCAAGGGAUACUAAUACUAAGAUUAUCCAGGUCAGGUUCUGACUCCAGGGUUUUAAUUUCAGUGUGCCCAUCAGGUCUUACUAAAUAUAAACUUGGACUCUGUGCACUAAGCAAGAUAAAAUACUCAAAGACUAGAAGAUCCCCAAAGCUAGUUAAUUAAUCCAAGAUAGUCUAUUUAAAUUUGAUCUUAUCAGAAUGUUGUGGAGGUUUGGGGGGUUUUUAUGGCUAUUUUUACCUCAGGUGUAUCCUGAACCUGCUGCUCUGAUGGUUUGGAAAUGCAGCCACCAACUGAUGCUACAAUCUUUUUUUUUCUGUUUCCCAGGACUAUUUCAAUGUCUAAACCAAUGUAGCUGCUUUCAUGACAGAAAGGUUUUCUUAUUAGAAAGGCAGCCAGAGCUUGUUGGGUCUCCAUCAGUCCCUAGGCUUGUAGCCUCAAGGGCGGUGGACAGAGCAGAGGGGCCAUUGAACUUCCUGCUUAUGCAGCUACAUGCUCAUACCCCUGCUCUUCUACCUUGGCUCCACUUGGUUAGAUCCGGUUAGUACAUUCUUUUGUAAGAAACGUAUUCAUUUCUUGGCUACCUACAACAGAGUACACCAUCAGCUAUGUGAAUAAAUUUUACCGUAACGCUCCCAAGGAUGUCUGAAAAUAAUUACUUAGCAGAGAAGACAAGGAAAUUUAAAGACUCCCGGCAGCAUGAGUCAAAAGGUGGUUGUCAUGACUUCCUCUCACACCCGGAAAUUUGGGGUCUGAGUGUGAGUCUAUGGAUCUGGGGAUCCAACCUAAGACCCUGCUCCGGGUAGAUAAAUACUCCACCAUUGAUCUCCAUUCCCUGACUGUGUUCUUGUGCUAAGUAACUUUAACCAUUAUAAAGAUGCAGUAUGUCUACCAAUGCUGAAUAUGACCUCUGUUCCAUCUGUUUCUGACUUGAAUAUCAGACAUGGGCUAUAGCGAGAACAUACAAAGGAAGACCCCAUUCACUCACCUACCCUCCUGGUACCAAGGCUGUCAGUGCUGAUGAAUGUGAGUGCCCAGACAAAACUAAUGUUGAAGGAAAUUCAGUGAAUAUGAGUCCAUGCUCUCUAACUUCAGGCAAGGCCCCAAACAGACAAUAACUCGUGGGCCCCAGAGAAACAGAAACAAUGGAAGGGGAGGAGUCGUUGAGUUUUCUAACCCAUCUUGACUUUACAAAUAUUAAAAUUGAGAUGCAGAGAGACUAAGUGAUUUUUCCCAAAUUUUACAUAGAUAAUUACUGAAGUUAAAUUAAAUUAAAGUAUCAAAGCUACAGCCAAAGGAAAACAACUUAAAUCUGGAAUAUUUGGAGUACAAACAUAAUGGAGAGGGGCCGUGAAGGAAGAAGGGAAAGAUGGCUAAGUGCACUUGCCUGGGUACACAGCAGUAGAGGAGACACUUGUCCUGUACACAGCAGCCUGCUGAAAGCCACCCAGUCUCCCCUAAAAUGAGAGAGAAAACUCCUGUUAAAUCACUGACCGAUAAAUCCCAGUCCAGUUAUUGAUGGUACAUAGCUGACAGAUAAAAUUGUACCUGAUAAUAUAUCAACGUAAUAAAAUCGUGUGUGAAUGGUUUAGAAGUUGAAGGCUAAAAGUAGCUGUAGACUUUUGUAUAUAAAACUUUCAGCAGGGACCCCUUGAGUUAAGAAAUGUUUUCCAUUUUGUAAGUAAUUUCAACAACAGGCUUUGAAUUAUUGUAUUAGUUUGUUUUGCUAAGAAGUAGUGGAAAACUUUGGUUAUUCUUCCAUUCAAAUGACAUUCUGAGAUCUUUUCUGUGUAGUUCUGGCCCCUUAAGCCUCUCUUCUCAUAACUGUGAACAUAUCAGACAAACAUUUGCUUGACUUCUACUACUUCCCAGCUGUGUAUAACUGACCUUGUGACCAAAGUUGGGACAUGUGACCGAAGAGCUCUAACAGAACACCAUGGGUGCUGGGAAUCGAGGCAUCUCGCCAGUCUGUCUAAGCCACCUCAUCCAUGGACCAUUUAACCAAGGAAUUGAUACCAAGGACCAAAAUGGCUAACCCUGCCUCUCUCACACUCUGACUGCUUUGCCACAUAAAUAUAACAUUUCAAAUGGGAAAUGUUUUCGAAUGUUAUGAUUUGUUAUGUAAUAUUGCUGAGCAUUUAUUUUUAUUGUAACGAUUUGUUAAAGAUGUGUGUGGUUGAAUAGAUGUUUCAAUCCUC